CUGCUAACAAAGUUCCUACUGCGAUCAACUCAGAAUUACCCCCAUAGUACCUGAGCAUCAGGGUGAUGAUGUGACACAUGGGGGAUGAGACAGCAGCGGAAACAUCACCUGGAUACAAUGUAAUACUUAUAAGGCGUCAUGUUUAUAACUAGCAGCAGAAUUGCUCUGACACCGCUUUCCCACUCACCUGUAUUUGCAGCGGCUACACCUCUGGCUCAUGACGAUGAUGAUAAGAUAGUAGGAGGGUAUCCCUGUAACGUCCCCUACCAGGUGUCCCUCUACAGUGGGUACCACUUUUGUGGGGGAAUCCUGAUCAACGACCAAUGGGUUGUGUCUGCCGCUCACUGCUACAAAUCACGAAUUGAAGUGCGGAUCGGAGAGUAUAACAUUAAAGUGCUGGAGGGGACAGAACAGUUCCUUCAGUCUGCUAAGGUCAUCCGCCAUGAGAACUAUAACCCAUACUUGAUUGAUAAUGACAUCAUGCUCAUCAAGCUGUCAGCGCCGAGCCAGCUUAGUGAUGUAGUCCAGCCCAUCGCUCUUCCGGCCCCAUGUCCUCCCGGAGCAAGUCCACCUGCCCAGACCUUGUGCCUGGUGUCCGGCUGGGGCUACACAGGAGUCGUUAACCCAGACAUCCUGCAGUGCGUCAAUGUUCCCAUUGUGUCUGACGAGGACUGCCGGAAAUCCUAUCCGGGAGAAAUAACAGAUAACAUGAUCUGCUUGGGCUAUCCGGAGGGCGGAAAGGACUCCUGUCAGGGUGACUCUGGCGGCCCCGUGGCGUGUAAUGGAGAGUUGCAUGGCAUAGUGUCUUGGGGUUAUGGAUGUGCCCAGCCUAAUUAUCCCGGGGUCUACACCAAGCUCUGUAACUAUGUGCAAUGGAUUGAAGACGUCAUCGCCAACAAUUAAAUCUCAUCAUAAAUAUAAAAUGAGGAAUGAAAAUAAAAGGGAAACUUUUAAUAAAAUAACUAUAGGAGUAUUAAUAGCAUAGUAAUGAAAAUGCUUAAUAAAGGUUACCACAUGUUUACAGUC